CUUUGAAUGUAUACUAUCGGAGACAAGAGUUCAUUUCUUCGUCAAUAAUCACUAGCCAGUAGAAUUCCCGGUGAUGGCUAUCCCUACACCCCCGUCUAGCGCCGCCACUUCCGGCGGCGGCUAUCAAAACCCUAAUCGAUCAUUAGGUUUCUUCGCAAACGCAAUGAAGAGGAAACAUAGCUUCAUACAAUUCUUCGCUAUGACAGGAAUUUUCCUUCUGAGUGUAAGAUCGCUUGGGCAGAAGUACCGGAUAAAUAAUCUAGAGGAAGAUAAAGCUGCGCUAAAGGAAGAACAAGAAGGACUUGUUAAUCGAAUGAAUUAUAUUAAGCAGAGUCUCAUUGAUGAAGCUGCUAUUGAGCCUACUGGUGCUUUUGCUUCCCGAAUUCGACGCCUCUUUGGUGAUGACACAUUAAUUAGAACGGGUUUUGACUAUUUUGACCUUAUUUAUGUCUUUAAGAUAUACUAUCUCUUCAAGGGUAAAAUGGAAAACGGAUAAUAAGUUUUGUUUCGAACUUCUAUUUUGACAGUUGAAGCAGUUAAGGUUGUUGUUCUGUCUGA